AAUUCAGUACUAAAACCAGUGUGAGAAGCAGUGUGUGUGAGUGUGAGAGAGUGUGUGUGUGUGUAGUGUAAAAUGUGCUUUUCAAAGUGCUGAGAGUUUGAUAGGAAUGUUUGAUUAGCUCCUCUCAGAAAAGAAAAGGUGCUUGGACCUCUUCUUGUUUCUUCUUUAGAAUAAUUUGGAUGGGAUCUGUGAUGCAGAAAAGCUUAAGGAAAAAGGGAUAUCCGUUCUCUGUGGUGGAAAAGUUUUGAAAAAAAUUUGCUUUCUUCAAACAAGGGUGCCAUUUUGAUAUUUAUGGGGAUUGUUGUCCUCACUAUGAAGGCAUCUGUUAUUGAAAUGUUCCUUGUUUUGCUGGUGACUGGAAUACACUCAAAUCAAGAAAUGAUGAAGAAAAUGAAAAGGCCCAAAUUCACUGUUCCUCAGAUCAGCUGUGAUGUAAGAGCUGGGAAGAUAACGAAUGUCGAGUUCAUUGUGAAGUGUCCACCAGGAUGCCAAGACCCUAGGUACCAUGUUUAUGGCACUGACGUCUACGCUUCCUAUUCUAGCGUGUGUGGUGCUGCAGUUCACAGUGGUGUGCUUGAUAAUUCAGGAGGGAAAAUACUGGUUCGGAAAGUGGCUGGACAGUCUGGCUAUAAAGGGAGCUACUCCAACGGCGUCCGGUCAUUAUCCCUUCCACGAUGGAGAGAAUCCUUCGUGGUCUCAGGUGAGACCGCAAGAGCAGAUCAGAGCCCAUCAGUUCCAGGGACAGCAGCACAGCCAGUCACUGUGACGCAGGUCCCGGGGACCACCGCCACCGAGGCCACCCACACCAUCUUGCCAAAGCCCUCCCCAUCGGCAGGCUCUACCACCAGCAGCCUCCAGGAGAGAGAAUUGAGGAUGCCAGCCUUGGAGACUGGAGGGGUGCCAAGUGAGACCGCAAGAGCAGAUCAGAGCCCAUCAGUUCCAGGGACAGCAGCACAGCCAGUCACUGUGACGCAGGUCCCGGGGACCACCGCCACCGAGGCCACCCACACCAUCUUGCCAAAGCCCUCCCCAUCGGCAGGCUCUACCACCAGCAGCCUCCAAGCACAGCCCGUGGGCCAGAGAAGCAAGGACCUGGCAGGGGAACCUGCCUUGUGGAAACCUGAAUCGGUCCUUCUCGAUGCAGGAUUUGUUCCAAAAGAAGAAUUAAGCACACAGUCUUUGGAGCCAGCAUCCCAGGGAGAUCCAAGCUGCAAAGUUGACUUGUCAUUUUUAAUUGAUGGGAGCUCGAGCAUCGGCAAACGUCGAUUCCGAAUCCAGAAGCAGUUUCUGACUGAUGUCGCCCAGACUCUUGACAUCGGCCCCGCCGGUCCUCUGAUGGGUGUCGUUCAGUACGGAGACAAUCCUGCUACCCAAUUUAAUCUCAAGACUCACAUGAAUUCCCAGGAUGUGAAGGCAGCUAUAGAGAAGAUUUCUCAGAGAGGAGGGUUGUCUAAUGCAGAGGAUGCCACUUCUGAGGUUAUCGCCACCAAAGAGCCUCGAUCCAAUCUAAUCCCGAGGAAGCAGCCUGCAGAUACAACAGGGAACAUCUACAAGACAACUGGCUACUCCCAAACUGUCACGGUCACGGAAGGCAAAGGAACGCCAGAGAGCACGCCCGUGAGGGAUAUUGACACAGCGAUGCCGCUGCUACAGCUGACAUCACACAGCUAA